ACAUUCAGUAUUGCGAGGCAGCACCAUAUUGUCCAUGGUGGCCAGCCAGUCAGCCCUGUGGCCUCGCUCGCUCACCUGGCAUCGAGGAGGCCAGAUACACUAAAAAUACUGCUUGGCACUCGUACGUGGUCGCUGAUACCGCCAGCCCUAGUAUACCAACCUGUUAUAACUAGAUCUUUUAAUUUUUUUUUUGUUACACCAAUUAUUUCACAGUUGUGUGAACCUCAAAUUCUUGAACGUGGGAGAAGUGAUAAUUGUGUACUAAGAACAGCGAUUAUCCAUAUGGCAUCAGAAAAGAUCCCGUUUGGUUUGCCAACAGCCCCACCAAUGCAGUAUUAUGACUCACAGCUGACUGCUUACCCACCAUCCACUCAUCCCCCACCGCCGCCACAAUAUGGUACUCCUGGCUCACUACCACCACCAUACCAGCCUGCCACUUCAGGUUCUGUGCCAUAUGGAUUCAAUUAUCCUCCACCCUCAUAUUCAGCAGCCCCGUCCCCUGGCUACUACCACGGGUAUCCAUCAGUUGGCACUUUCAUCCCUCAGCCACCCAUGCCACUGGUAGGGCAGGCUCUGUACCCGGAUGUGUCGCAACUACCAGGUUCUUCUGAAGUGUCAGCACCAUACAGCGGUAGCAACAGCCCUUUAUCGCCGGUCCGUCCUGCUCCACUCCCCCCAGUCCAAACAAUCAGAGACACACCAGCCUCAGGGUCAUCUAAUCAGAAAUGUUCAUUUGCUUAUCUGAGAGAGGGAGAGGCGCCUCCAGGCUAUGUAGUACAAUGGCGUGGAGGAGAUGGACUACAAAUAUUCUUUAUACAAAGGGAAAGCCACAUAGUGUCUCCCAAGAAGCCUCUCAUCAUGAGUAUUUACAAGCAAGUCGGUGUUCCUGGGAGUGUGGAGGGGAUGGUCGAGGUACAUGGAGUGUGGCGCUUGAGACUUACUGGCAAGAAUACUCCCGUCCUACACACCAUGCCUGGCUGUUACACCUUCUUUGACAACACAACGUGUCCAAGCCGAGUGGUGGUUCUACAGAUGCCUUCAGAUAUGGCCAAGAAGAUGAGUGCUGACCUUCUUGACCUUUUUACUGAGCUGACUGACCUGCGCAAUGAGGAGGGCGGCAUUGUGGAGAAAGUUACCACUGGGGUUGCCUCAGUGUAUGGGGAUGUGACUCAAAAGUUGAACACUGCAGUAAAAGAGACCGUUCCUAGUGCUCAUAAAAACACCAAAUGGUUGAGAAAGAGCACUGGAUCACUUGUGAGAAUCGGAGGUAAUCUAGUGGCCAAAGGAAUAAAUCUUGUUGCUGACCACAUCCCAGUAAAUGAAAAACAACAGCAGGAAGAAUCAGUGGUGUAUGCGGAGCUGCUGAGUGCACUGAAGAAAUACAAGAAAGCUCUGGAGGAUAAUAGUGUCACCUUUGUUAACUGACUGUGUUGAUUGCUGUGCCUAGCUAAAGCAUUAUGGCUGUGACAAGAAACACAUUUUAGUCUUAUAUUAGAGAAGUAUUAUGGAGUUUUUAGCUUUGGAGGAAAAUAGUUUCAUCUUUGUUAACUGGCUAUAUUGAUCGCUGUGCCGAGCUAAAGCAUUAUGGCUGUGACAAAAAAAAACACUUUUAUUUCAGGUUUAGAGAAGUAUUAUGUAGUUAGUAUGCGAGUAGGAUCUCAUUUUUUAUAUAAACUGUUUUAUUUAAUGUUAUAUCUAAAGCCAAUAUGUAUGGGAGUAGUUUUAUGUUUUUUUAUCGAAAUUGUAUAUUUUUGAUUUGAUUGAAUCUGUUCCUCGGCCAUUUUCUCGGCAACCCCAUGUGUAUUGUUAUACCACAGCAUGUACGAUUGACCUGGAGGGUUUUUGUAUACUGUCAUUGUCUAGUGCUCGCCUCAAGAAAACUCGAGUGCAACCACGAAUUUUUUUGAGAAAAAAUGUUUCACAUAAAUAUGAAGGGAAAUCCGUCGAGAGAGAGAGAGAGAGAGAGAGAGAGAGAGAGAGAGAGAGAGAGAGAGAGAGAGAGAGAGAUCGCCGGGUGGCCUAAUGCUGGGAUCACACAUCCGCGAUUUCGCUCUGCGACGGUUGGCGAUUUUGAAAAUUUUCAAAAUCGGCAUAUACGCUCGACAUCGUAGUGACGUCCCUGCGAUUAGUCGCAAUAGUCGCGUGGUAAAGUUCGCACGACUUGCGGGUACCGGCCCGUCGCGCGAACAUUUUGAAAUGUUCGAAAAGUUCGCAGAAAGUCUGCGAUAUUGGCCAAAUCGCACGAUUAUUCGCACGGUUAAGCGAGAGACCAUCGCAGUAUGCGCUCGCAUACCCUCGUCAAACGCAAGGGGUCGCGGUGUAUGCGAGCGUAUAUGCGAGCGACUUUGUACAUCGUGCGUAUGGCAGCGACGCUGGUUCGGGAAACGAGAUGGCAGCGAGCGAAAAACCGUUGGCGAGCGACCGCUCGCUCGCACUCAACACUGUCCUGCCACAGGCCGCUACCCUGCCCGCCUGCAAAAUAAUAGCCUAAUAUUCAUGAAUUUAUAAUAAUAGCAUAUUAUUCCUAACUGCUAAAUAAUAGCUUAGUAUUCGUGAACGGAAAAUAAUAGAAUAAUAUUCCUAAAUGUAAAAUAAUACCGUAAUGUUCAUAAAUACAAAAUAAUAGAAUAGUAUUCCUAACUGCUAAAUAAUAGCCUAGUAUUCAUGAAUACAAAAUAAUAGAAUAGCAUUCCUAAAUGCAAAAUAAUAGCCUGGUUUAACAAAAUGCAAAAUUAUAAGCUAGUGUCCACAGUAAAAUUAUUAGCUAGAGUACACAGUAAAAUUAAAAUGGAUUUCUCUUGACUACUUCAUUAGCUUGUUAGCAAGUUAUGACAGAUUGUAAAACUCUUUCCACUUACAAUUUAUUACAGAAGUUGGAGAUACGGUAUAACAUGCAGAAAACCUUACACCAUACGAAUAAAAUCCAAUAUUCCUCAAAACAACUUACUUCGUUCCCAGGAGAUCACAAACCCCAGGUUAAGAACAGCUGAAUUAGAAGCAAGAAACAAUAAAGCAAUAUCAGCGACAGCAAGGGAGGGUAGCACGGGCUACUACUUACUUGAAGCACUGGGUGGUCGUAACUAACCGACUAUCAAAUUUGAGUCGACACAAGCAACUGGCGUUGCCAGAUUUGGAUUAUUUUACCAUAUUGAAAACCUAUAAGGUUGAUCAGCCGAAAUAAUAACCUUAGCGUUAGAGCGUCGGGAUAUGCAGGAUGCCAAGAUUAAUUUUUGAUUAGUUAGUGUGUGUGUGUGUGUGUGUGUGUGUGUAUAUAUAUAUAUAUAUAUAUAUAUAUAUAUAUAUAUAUAUAUAUAUAUAUAUAUAUAUAUAUAUAUAUAUAUAUAUAUAAUGUGUGGUGUGUGGGGGAUGGAUGGAAGAGAGAGCGCGAAUAGUGUUGCCCGCCUAUAUGGGUCGUACAGCGACGCGCCCUCGACGUUUUCUCGACCAUGCGUGCGACGUCGAGCGUCGUCGAGCGGCUAGACGAGGGGCGGUCGCGCAUAGUCGCCAGUCCCUGCGUCCAUCGCGAACCGUCGCAACGGGUUUUAUUUUCAAAAUUGGGCUCCUCUGCGUACAGUCGCGCGCAUUCACGCACGAUUCACCUCGACGUCCCCUCGCCUGUCGCCCUCGUGUGCGUAUAGGCGAGCGACCCUCCCUCGCCAUGUUGCUGUGAGUUGAAACAGAGGCAAACGCGCAGAGACAAUGGCGAUGCUCCCACGAUUUCGUGCAUUUUCAAAAUCGCCAACCGUCGCAGAGCGAAAUCGCGGAUGUGUGAUCCCAGCAUGACACUACCCACAAGUUGUCCUGAUGCCCACCCCAUUAAACCGGGCUCUAGCAAAACUCUAAAGAGGAUCAAGUUGAGCAUUGUGGGGCAGCAAGAGAGAAGGAAGACUGGAGGAAAUGGUGGUCGAAUUUGUUUUUUAAUCAAUCAAUCGUGUUUCAAAGAAUCACCGAAGGUGGGAGUUUAUUUCAUUAUCUGAGUGUAUUGGUUUACACUUAAGUUUUGUCCCAUUAUAUCACGCCCGAGACGUGUCGUCGAUCAUCCCCAUUGGUAAUGCCAUUCAUUACUCUAAAACAUUCUGUUAUGCCGGACGUAUUACUUGGGUUUCGUGUCGCCGUCAGGAGACUCCGUGGGAGGGAGAUAUGUAAACACCUUGCACAGCUUCUGUAGUUUAAUAUGCUUCCUUAGUAGUACAAUUCACUCUGACUCGGUCUUCACUGACCACUAGCUUACUAUGACUGGGACUGUCCCCUCUCGCCCUCUUCUUCUAUAUAUAUCCAGAACAGUACAGUCUAGAACGUUACAGUAUACUUUAGAUCAUACAAGAACAUGUAGCAAAAAUAUGUAGCAAUCUUCUAGCUGUUCUUUGAGUUCUUGGAGUGUUCCUUCUUGUUGUUGCUGUGCUCUUUCUUGUUGUUCUUUGAGUUCUUGGUGUGCUCUUUCUUGUUGUUCUUUGAGUUCUUGGAGUGUUCUUUCUUGUUGUUGCUGUGCUCUUUCUUGUUUCUCCCCCGAUAGUCUCAAAGCUUCCAAGAGUUCAGUCAACAUGUCGUCCCUCUGAGCAGCUUGGGAACGAGUCUCCAUGGCGAAAAAACAAAUGCCUACACUCCUGACGCCAAUGUUAUGCCGGACGUAUUACUUGCGUUCCGUGUCGCCGUCAGAAGACUCCGUGGGAGGGAGAUAUGUAAACACCUUGCACAGCUUCUGUAGUUUGAUAUUCUUCCUUAGUAGUACAAUUCACUCUGACUCGAUCUUCACUGACCACUAGCUUACUAUGACUGGGACUGUCCCCUCUCGCCCUCUUCUCCUAUAUAUAUCCAGAACAGUACAGUCUAGAACGUUACAGUAUAUUUUAGAUCAUACAAGAACAUGUAGCUAAAAUAUGUGCGAGUUGGCAACACUUCCCGCCUGGCGCCUGGCCGCUAGCCCCGCGGGGCGCGGACUUGCUCCCCGACCCCCUGCUCGCUCCUCCCGGAGCCUUCUAGAGGUCCAUGGACGCCGGGGGAAGCUUCCAGCACAACAGUUCGAUCAGUUUCCCACGGAGGGAACAUUUAUCAAGAGAUAACAAGAUGAGAUGAAAGUCCAUCAUCGUUAGGUUAGGAUUGUUGCGCAAAAGAAGAGAUCAUCUUUGUUGCUCUACAUUGAACACCUAAUGUAGCGCAUUGUGUGGAGACCAAAAUUGCAAAGCAUAUUCAAAGUGAGGUUUAUCUAAACUGUUGUAAAUUGAUAGUAUUACAUAUUUAUUUUUAAGUAAGAAAUUUAUUUUAAUGAUGGCCAAAAUUCUGUUCGCUUAAUUCAUUACAUCAGUCAAGCUAUAACUGACGGUAUUCGCUCGUGCUGCCUGCAUGUUAUUGAUCCUGACAAAAAAUUCGUAUCCUCGAAAACGGAGACUGAGGUACGGCAGACUUUGAGGUUUGACGCGGUUUUAAUACUGAACCUAUAAUAUAAUAUAGGCUACGCAUAGGAAAUAGUUGUCAGUAUCAAUAAUUUGCGGGCAGCAAUGACGAAACCGUCAACUAUAGUUGAUUUUGAGUUUCAAGUUGUUAAUGAGGCCGCAGACAACUGUUUUGUUAAUUUAUAGUGUCUCUGUCUAUACUUUUUAAGUAGCCAUAUCGAUGCGACAAUAUUACCAAUUUGAAACUCAAACUAAACCAUAACUGCGGGUAUUCGUCAUUGCUGCUUGCAUAUUACUGUUACUGACAUCUAUUUCCUAUGCGUAGGCUAUAAUAUAUUAUCCAUGAAAUCGGGAACGCCUUGUGGAGGGAGUUUGCCAGAAAACAAUACUGUACACUUCAGACUAAAGCGCUGCGAAUAUACUGACAGGUAUUGCCCACUCUGAGGCAGCUCCAUUAAUCACUGUCCUUUGUUAUUUGGUGCUUAGCGAGUUUACUGUCUAUUCGUAUACUUUUACUUCCAUACUUAGUUGUUUGAUUAUGUAAAGUAAUUCAUGUUGUGAAACUAUAUCAAAUGCCUCGUGGAAAUCCUGAUGAAUUACGUCCAGUGAUUUAGUUACGUCGCAAACUGAAAAGAGGUCGUUAUGUGAGGUCAUUAGGUUAGACAAAAAAGGAUAUGCUUUAGAAGGUAACUCAUAAUUUUGUCAGACAGACUUAUAUUUACACGGCAUUUUUCUGUCUCUUUUCUUAACCCGUGCAAUGAUUAGUAUGUGUAAAUACGUACCUCCGCCGAGGCCGCCAAGUGGCCUAAGACUACCCACAUGCUGUCCAGAAGACCAUCCAUCAACCCGGACUGUAAAAAAAACGUUCAAGUGAAUCAAGAAUGAGUUCCGGGGGGCAGUAUGAGCCAAGCAUAACUGGCGCCACUAUAAAACUGCCUGCGCCAUGACGGGCUUGAGCCGACCACCUGGCCCCUGAAGAAAGCCUACCGGCGCUACAAGCGGCGAUGUAAAAAAAAAAAAAAAAAAAAAAAAAGUUUAGUGCGUUUUCUAUAAUUUAUUACUCGAGGAGUAUUAAGGACAAUAAUGCAAUGUUUUUAAUAUACAUGCACAGCUACUGAGCAGAUUCACGUAGGUGUAAUUAUAGAGUAUGAUUUCAAAAAUAUUUUGGGGGUGUUUUAUUCCUGUAUCUACAGAUACAGUUUAACUACUUAAAAAUAAAAUCAAUAAAGCCAACGAAUAUAGAUAUGAGACCUCAAAAUAAUCGAAAUUGAGAACUAAAGAAUGGAGAAGGCACAGUAGCCCUAUUUAUUUCAGCUUUGCGGCGGCGUAAUCUCCGCCUUUCCCCGUCUGGUGUCGCCGACUGAAUAUCCAAGCCAUUUAUCUUUUUUUUUGUUGUUGUUGUUUCUGUGUAUCUAUAUGUAUUUCAUAUGUAAAGAGAUCUGUAUUUAUUAUCUUCACUGUAUACAUGGAGAUAGUGUAUAUAAGAAGCAUAACAAAAGCAUGCAGAAUUAUAAAACUAAAUUUCCGAGUUUUUGUGUAACAUUGUGAGGUCCUGAGAAAGGGAAAAUAUAUAGAUAAGAAUCGCAAGGAAGCGACACUUCGAGUAAUCACAUGAAUUUUUUAUAUACACCAUGAAUCUGUACUUUCUGAAGUUUUUUUUUUUUAGGCAAAUAAAACCAAUACCAAAAAAUACAAUCUGACAUGACCCUUUUCUUCACCCGAAGUCGACACAGUACGGGUUGAAAAUGGAUGUAACGUUAGCUAUCUUCCAAUUGGUAAGCAUUAUUCGCAGGGACAUGGAAUUUGGAUGUCAAAGAAUUUAGUAUUUCACAUUUUGUUUCUUUAAGUAGUAUAUGAUUUAUAGUAUCUGGUCCUGGACUGUUAUUUGCCUUAAAAGACUGAAGUGCAUAAAGGACUUCUUCGGUAGCUAUUUCAUAGCUAAACAAGGUAAAAACGAAAUUUCAAAUUUCUUUAGUACUUUUGUCAUCGCUGAGAUUGGUGGCAGCAGCAGUCGAAUUGGUAAUGAAUAAUGCGAAAAAAAUGAGUUUACCAUGUUCGCCAUGUGUUGCCUUUCAGUCACUAGGUUACCCGCGCUGUCAGUUAUGGGUCCAAAACACUUCUGAUCUACUUUUUGUUGUUUAUGUAAUUGAAGAAACGAGAAAAUUAUAAAAAUCACAGCAAUAUUUUCUUCUUAUCUACGUUUGCCUGACUUACUAAUUUCUCUAUUCGUUGCCUGACUUCAUGAUAAAUUGUGUCGUUUUCGGGCGACACUUGCACUUUCUUUAGCUUAUAAAACAAGUUUCUUUCCUUCAGAUGUUUGAUUUUAAUGAUAACCUUCACACGCAGUUCACCCCAAGUGUCAUAGGGCAAUGAAUUCUAACUCACCACAGGCUCAAAAGCUAAUACGCCGCUAGGCCACGCGUAAUUAAGUGUAUGCUUCAUUAGAUAGGUACUGCACCUGCCGGGAAGUCUCUUUAUUUUGUAGGUAUUAUCCCGAAUAAACCUGUAUUCUUUUG